AUGGAUGAGGCCCUGGGUUUUAACCCAGAGGGAAGUGGCUAUGAGAGGCACGAAUCUUGCUUGGCCUGGAUGCUGAACGCCGGGGCUGAGAUCUCCAUCACCCCUGAGCCUGCCCAACCGGCAGAGGGAGACAACAUCACACUGGUGGCCCGUGGGCUGUCCGGGGAGCUGCUGGCCUACAAUUGGUAUGCAGGGCCUACACUCAGCCUGACCUUCCUGGUGGCCAGCUACAUUGUCAGCACUGGCGAUGAGACCCCGGGACCGGCCCACACAGGACGGGAAGCUGUGCGCCCCGACGGCAGCCUUGCUAUCCAUGGUGCCCUGCCGGGGCACACAGGCACCUAUAUUCUGCAGACCCUUAACAGGCAGUUCCAGACGGAGGUGGGCUACGGACACAUGCAGGUCUAUGAGAUCCUGACCCCUCCUACGGUCGUGGCCAACGACACGGCGCUGGUGGAGCGUAGGGACACCCUUCGUCUCGUGUGCAGCAGCCCCAGCCCCGCUGAGGUCCGCUGGUUCUUCAAUGGAGACGCCCUGCCUGUCCCCGUCCGCUUGGGCCUGUCCCCGGAUGGCAGGGUGCUGACCCGGCAUGGCAUCCGCAGGGAGGAGGCGGGCGCCUACCAGUGCGAGGUGCGGAACCCGGUCAGCGUCAGCCGCAGUGAACCCCUGAACUUGACCGUAUACUACGGCCCUGAACGCGUGGCUAUCCUCCAAGAUUCCACCACCCGUACGGGCUGCACCAUUAAAAUGGACUUCAACACAUCCCUCACCCUGUGGUGUGUGUCCCGAUCCUGCCCUGAGCCAGAGUAUGUGUGGGCAUUCAACGGGAAGGCCUUGAAGAAUGGCCAGGACCGCCUGAACAUCACCAGCAUGACCGCGGCCCAUGAGGGCACCUACACGUGUAUUGCUAAGAACUCCAAGACUCUGCUGUCCGGCUCUGCCUCCGUGGUGGUCAAGCUGUCCGCCGCAGCUGUGGCCAUGAUGAUUGUGCCUGUGCCGACUAAACCGAUGGAGGGCCAGGAUGUGACCCUGACCGUCCAGGGCUACCCCAAGGACCUGCUAGUCUAUGCCUGGUACCGGGGACCCGCCUCAGAGCCCAACCGACUGCUCAGCCAGCUGCCGUCGGGGAACUGGAUCGCCGGGCCGGCACACACGGGCCGGGAGGUGGGCUUCGCCAAUUGCUCGCUGCUGGUGCAAAAGCUGAACCUCACAGACGCCGGGCGCUACACACUCAAGACCGUCACACUACAGGGCAAGACCGACACAUUGGAGGUGGAGCUUCAGGUGGCCCGUGAGUGAGCAGCUUGGGGGAGACACGGUC